GGCCAGUAGGGAAGAGAGCAGCCCUUCGCGCACCGCACUGGAGUCCCGACUCUGCGCUCGGCCGGACGUGACGUAACCGUGCAGCCCUGUACACCGCGCGCGAGAGAGUGAGGGAGUACGUCGUUCAGCAGCGCAGCAGGGGUGCUCGUCCCCCGUUUCAGAGCAGAGUCAGCUACCGCCGCGAGCGCAUCGCUUUCUCGCUCUCGCUCUCUGUCUCUCUGUGUCUCUGUCGCGCGUGUACGGCAAAAAGUCUGCUCUCUCACCCUCUCUGUGACCAGUUUCCAGUUCUUCGUUGGGAACUGUUUUUAGGCCGGCCCUCUCUCUCUCUCUCUCUCUCUCUCUCUCUCUCUCUCUCUUCUUUCCGCGGAGCCGGGCUCUUUUGUACGCCGCGCUUAUCUCUGGCCCCUAAAGAGUUGUCAAGUGCACGUGAUAUCAGCGAGGAAGUGUCAGGAGCACGAGAGGACACACACGUAUAGGUAGAGCAGUGGAGCGGGCCGAAUAAAGACUGUCGUCGUCGUACAUGUGCUCGUGCGUUCGGCUGCUGCUCGUUUAGCCAUCCUCGUGUCCCAUCAACGUCUAGCUGCACAACGACGACGUAGACGACGAGGAGGCGGACGGCAACUAAGACGAGGAGAGGCGAGACAAAGAGCAAAAAGAAAGAGAGAGAGGGGAGAAGAAGUGAGCAAGAGUAGAUCUCGCGAGCGCAGUUAUGCCACGAGGCACUUGAGGAGCAGUAGCAUCUCGAAGUUCCGUCUCGAGAGCCCAUCAUCUUCUCUCUUUUCUCCACUUUCGCCUGCUGCCUUUCUCUCUCUCUCACUCGCUGCUCCGCUCCACCCCCGAGAGAGAGAGAGACGACGACGACGAGACGACGACUCGAAAUUAUUCCAAGUGUAAUGCGACCCUCGUGAAGACAGAGAAGCGCAAAGCCCUUCGCGCUCUCUCCUCCGCGAGUGCGCGUAAAAUAAAGAAAGAGGAGAAGCCUCGGUGUCUCUUUCUGGCUUCGUUUUCGCUUACGGCGCGGUCAGAGGUCGAUUUGAAAUCGAGGAUAAUCGGCUCGCCGGUUAAGAAGCAAUUUCCAAGACUGUCCAUCUCCAAGUUCGCGGGAAGAAAAACUUCUUCCAGCCGAAGAAAGCAGCAGCGAGCCGAACUUUCGGACAUACGAGGAGAGAGAGAGAGAGACGGAUCUCGAGGGAUAUGAACUGACGUGCGACCAAGUGUGGAAGCACGCGGACGAGCGUAUAUCUUCAUUGUAUUUCGUGCGAGUAUAGUAUAGUACAACAGUGGUGUUAAGAUGCUGACGAUGUCGACGCUCAUGAUGCCCACGACGAUGACGACGAUGACGAAUCCCGGACCCAUACCGGCGCACAGCGUGCCCCAGCAGCAAAAGCUCGAGCCGCCCAAGAUGCAAGCCGCGCCGACCAUCGCUCACGCGACCAACCAGAACGCCAGCGUCAAUAAGUCAGAACACUACCACAUAUUCGUCGGGGACCUCAGCCCCGAGAUCGAGACGCAGACCCUGAGGGAAGCCUUCGCCCCCUUUGGAGAAAUCUCGGACUGCAGGGUCGUGAGGGACCCACAGACUAUGAAAUCCAAAGGCUAUGGUUUCGUCUCUUUUGUAAAGAAAGCGGAAGCGGAAAGCGCCAUUGGCGCCAUGAACGGACAGUGGCUGGGCAGCAGGAGCAUCCGGACGAACUGGGCGACCCGCAAGCCGCCGGCGCCCAAGUCCGAGGCGAACACGAAGCCGCUGACGUUCGACGAGGUUUACAAUCAAAGUAGCCCGACCAAUUGCACCGUCUACUGCGGAGGCCUGACUAAUGGCCUCACGGAGGAGCUCAUGCAGAAGACCUUCUCGCCCUUUGGCUCGAUCCAGGAAAUUCGAGUUUUCAAAGACAAGGGCUACGCUUUUAUCAGGUUUUCCACGAAGGAGUCGGCAACGCACGCCAUCGUUGCCGUCCACAACACAGACAUCAACGGCCAGACGGUGAAGUGCAGCUGGGGAAAGGAGAGCGGAGACCCAAACAACGCCCAGCAGACCGGACAGGCACUGUCUUCGGCGACGUACCCGUACUACGCGGCUGCAGCAGCGGCGGCAGCAGCGGCUGCGGGUGUAGCCGGUGUCGGUGGCGUUGUCGGCGGCAGUAGCGCCGGACAACUCGGCUACUGGUAUCCGCCCCAGUCAUACCCCACGACGGCUACACAGAUGCAAGCGGGUGGAUUCCUGCAGGGUAUGCAGGGAUACACGUAUGGACAGUUCGCUGGAUAUCAGCAAGCUCAAUACAUGGGAAUGGGAAUGGGAGUACACGCAGCGGGUACGGCAGCAGGCUGGGGUCAGGGUCUGCCUGGCGGACCCCAACUACCGCCCCACCACGCAACGACGGUCACAGCGCCACCUGGCGUCCAGGCCGCGCCGCCACCCCCUCCACCGCCAGCGCAAAUGAUGGCCUAUCCCAUGCAACAGUUCCAGCUAGCGGAUGAGGACUGGCUGACGCCUAGCCUCCUAGUGUGAUGGUAAGCAAGCGCGAAGACAAGCCCCCAUCGAUGACAGGACUAAUCGCCGCAGCAGCCACUACUACUGCGACUACGUUAGGGCAGACAGCUACUACUACUACUGAUACUACUACUACUACUACUGCUACUACCAUGAUGACGAUGACGACCUUGAUGAUGAUGAUGAUGAUGAUGAUGAUGAUGAUGAUGAUGAUCGUGAUGAAGCUGAGACGACGACGACAGCCGAGGAGCAACAGCGAGCCAAAGACUACUCAAAGACACACGAACACAGUGCCACUAACCGCUUGACCGAUAUCGAUAUAACUAUAUAUAGGGAAUAAAAAAACAAAUAAAAAACACGUAUAAUCACGACGCGAUUAACAGCUGUAAGCAUGGAACUGUAUGAAGUAGUUGCAGCAGCCUCGGCGGAAGGACGAGAUCAGGCAGAUGACGAUGAUGAUUAUUAUUAUAUAUUAUAUAUAUAUAUAUAAAUAUAUAGGCGCACGAGAGGAGAUUCUUUCUCAGAAAAUCGAUCAGAAAAAUGGAAAAAUUUCGAAUCGAGGCCGGCGAUAGCCUUGCACGCACGAAAAACCAAGACACAAAAAAAUGCAAAAACAUAUAUAAAUAUAUAUAUAGAUAUAUGAGAAGGAUGAUAGGGAGGGGAAGAGACGAGGAGUUCGACGGUUUUAUUCGAUGAUCGCGGAUCGAUAUAGGCAGAAAGGUGGAAGUGGAAAUACAUUCCUCUGAGCUAGCGAGGUGAUAUUAUGUAUAUCCAUACGGUGCGCAACGAAGUUGAAACAAACAAAAAGGCGACGACAGAGAGAAAGAAAAAAGCAGAGACGCAAUUCGUUAUUUUUGUAGAUUCAGUGAUGAGCGAGAGUGAGAGCGGGAGAUAAUUUCGAGAAAAAGAGAACAAAUAUUGCGAUUUUACGCCGUCGAUACUCUCUGGUCGAAUUGUAUAAAUAAAAAAAGAGGAUAAUUAAUUAACCGGCUGGGAAGGAGAAAAUAAAAUUGUGCGCGUUUCUGAGGAAGAGAGAAAGAGAGCGAAUAAUACAUAAUAUAUACACACGUUGUAGCGGCGCAAUCGAUCGCACGAGGAUUGAAAAUUAUGUAAUGAGAUCGAAAUGAGGGACAGUAGUACGAAGAACGAUGAGGCGGAAGAUAAAAAACAUACUGAUUAGCAGCAAGUAGAUAGUUAGUUAGGUAUUAUUACAAUAAAACAAGCGAAGGUUCUCUCGCUCUCGGGGGCCGAGCCAAAAUUCGACGACGACAACGAAAUCGGCCGCGUGGCGUAAUAGACAAAAAUAAAUAAAUAAAACAAAAAAAAAACAAUAACGGAAGGGAGAGGCAUACAGUUUGUGAAAACCGAGAUGUUGCAGUGAGCGCGAUGUGUUGACAUUUUUCCGAGGCGAGAUUUUUUUACUCUAAAUAUAAUGAAAUCUACAGCUUUGGAGCGGUAAAUCUACUCUCCGAACGUUUUAUAGAAACUCAAAAGCGAGAUUAGUUGACGCACGGAAUCGCUGGAAAGAAUAUUUAUUUUCGACGAUAUGAAAAUUGUUUUAUCUUCCAUCCAAAUACCAGAAAAUAUUUGACUUUCAUAUUUUUAUUUACGAGUGAUGAAUAGAAAUUUUGAAAAUGCUAGUCUCCACGACACCAGGUUUAACAAUCGUCAACUACUCUCGUUUUCGCGUUUGAGACGAAAAAAAUAUAUAAUAAAAAGCCUAAUCGCUGUCAUUUAUCUCGCGAGGGGUAACAAUCAAUAAAUAAAAAAAGACGGUUAUAUUUCGAUAGAUACAAAUUUUAAAAACAGUAAUAAUAAACGAUGAAAAAAUGUGUAAGAAAAAGAAAAGACAGCGUGUUACUUCUAGUCUUAGAUAAACAAAAAAAAUGCACACACGCGAACAGUUUCCCCAACGUCAAAGCGUCGGUCAGUGUUUUUAACCAGAGAAAAAUAGAUUUUUUAUAACGAAAAAAAACUGAUGAAAAUAAACCGAAAAAUUCUGUAACUGACUAGCCGAGGACGACGUCUGCGCUUCGAAUUUCGACUCGACCGUAUAUAUAAUAUACAUAUGUAUACACUCGACGCAAACAAAAAAAAGUAAGAUACGCAAUUAACAAACAUAUAACCUACAUGAAAAAAAAUACAAGAUAAACAAAUGCAUAUUGCGAUAGAGAUGUGCGAACCUCGAGAAGCGAGAUGAAGUAAACAUAACAACAACAAAAAACCGUAGGUAGACACAUAAUUGCACACACAGCACGAAAGUUAGUGAUUAGGUAAAAGUAAAAAGUAAAAAAAAAACAAAGAAAAAUAACGUACAUAAAAAAUAUAUACAAACCGUAUAAGGAGCGAGAUGAUAGGGAGAGAAGAAGUUUCUCUUGUGGUCGCGUGUCCCGUGCUGUCAAACAGACUUCCCGAACGGCGGCUCGGCCAGGGCUUUUAGCAACGAAGGUUUCGCGAAAGUGACUGAGAGUAUAUGGCAGAAAGAGAGAGCGAAAGAGAAUGAGAGAGAGAGAGAGAGAGAGAGAGGACUGCGAACAAAAAACCGGAAAGGGAAGCGCACUUUGGGCCAAUUUUUUUUCGUCUGCUGCGUUUUUUUUUCACACACAUACACACGCAAACAUACACAGUCUCCAGUACGUAAGACGACAACGCGAAAAAGCCCUUUGGCUGAAAGACGAGAGAGCGUGUUCUUUUUCUCUCGUGGCGCGUCUCCUUCCAUCGCGCGAGGUCCGGAAAUCGCAAAUACCCUUAUUGUUGGUCGAGUGAUGAGAAAGUGAGAGAAAGAGAAAGCGGAACGCAAAACUUAUCCGAGAGUAUUUUUAGAAUUUACUUUUCGCCCGGACCGAGACAAAGGGAGACGCAGCCGAAGCAAGUGAUAAGGGUCAGGCUUUGCUCGGACGAGUGUGUUUCUGAAUGUUCGCGCAAUCGGAAUCGCGAUUUUCGUUUUUUGUUGCUUAGGUUUUUCUACGCUAAAAAGCAGUCGUGAUGAAUCAUGAAAUGAUCUGCAAUGGUGAGGGAUGGAGAAAUUUUGAAAUGUCGCUGUCGGUGUACGCGUUGACGACAUCUGACGUGUUCAGAUGUGUGACAUUGAGAUUUGCUUUGAAGUUGAAAGCCGUUGGCAUUUGCAUCUGACGAUCGUUAAAUAAGUAAAAGUAUGACGCGUGUAUGUUCCUAAAACUUAGACGGAAGCUCUAUGUGAGUUUUUGAAAAAAAUUCGGAAGCUAAGUCUAUAACUAAAUUGACGCUAUAUUAACACCAAUUAACGACUGAUUGGAUUAAGAUUGCUAAAGCGGGUUUUUUCUAAUUCUCUUAGAGAAGUAAACAAAGAAAAAAGUAAAUAAAAAAGGAUUAUGCUUUUUGUGACUUAAUUCACCUUGACUAUGUAUCAUAAGCUUUGGUGGCUGUUUUCCAAGCAAACAGAUAACUUAUCUCAUAAAAUAUUGCGUUUACAGCUACGAAAAGUUGUAUAAAGAUACUUAUCACAAUCCUUGAAUAUUAUUCAGGGACGCAAAUUCAAACUUAUAACUCUUCAAGAAUAAAAAUCUAAUAUCGAUCGUCACCGGUGAUUGCAAUGACUCUGCGUAGAUGGAACAUUUUCAAAUCUCUAUAAAAAAAAAAAAAAAAAUGGUGUCCCUUAAGCAUAAAAAUACGUAAGCACAUACAUAUAGUCGCGUGCCGCAGCAGUGAUUUUUAUAUUUUUCCUAGAUGUUUAUCGAACGUGGUCCAUUGAUGGCGCGAACAACGCCAAGCAAAACACAGGACGAAUAUUAUAGCUUGAGCGUAAAAGAGAGGGCGAGAAAAAAAUGGGGAUCAAAGCCUCUGCGCUCGCAUUACAUUAAAUUAUAUACCGGAGAAAAGCAUACAUUGCCGAACCGAAAAAAAAAGAAAAACAGAGAGAUUUGAAGAUAUUCCCUCUUUGACUUCAAAGAAAAAAAACGACGCGUCUAUUGGUCUUCUCUGCGUCCGACGAGCGAUACACACUCUCCGGAACAUAUUUAUUUCCUCUCUGCGGCCGAGCGUGCGAAUACAAAUUAUACCAUAAAAGGUCGAAGCUUUUUUUAAACCCAUAGGGAUGUGCAACAAAAAAAAGAAGACGAAUAGAAAACAAACACACUGAACGCACCGCGCGCGUGAGCAUAUAUAUCUAUAUAUUGUAAUAAGCCUUAACAAUAAAUGCGAGGAUGCGAAUUACACGAGCGACGAUGCAACAAAAAAAAACAACCAAAUGUUAUAAAUAUAUAAAUAAAUCUAUUCAUAUACAUAAAUGCAAAUAAAUAUAAAUAUACGUAUAGAUAUACAUAUACAUAUAUUAUGAGCGAUAACAAGCGUGAAAAAGCGAUGAAAAAACAAAAAAUCUAAUAGUUCAAGAGCGGACAAAAAAUAUAUGUAUAAAUAUAAACAUAUAUAUAUAUAUAUAUAUAUAUAUAUAUAUAUAUAUAUAUAUAUAUAUAUAUAUAUAUGUAUAUGAAUGAAUAGGAGCGACGAGGUGGAAGAGAAAAGUAGAGGUGUACGCGCGAUGUGACGGCGUACAGAGGAUAUAGCAAAUAAUAUGCAAAAAACUCGUAUUGGAAAGAAAAAAAAUUAAUAACACACUUAGUCACAUAGAUAUAAGCGCGAGUUAUAUUAUACAUACAUAACUAAGAAACGUGUACAUUAUUAGUUAGGCAAGUGAAACAAAAA